UGUCUGGCGUCACCCUCCUCUAUUUGGCCACACCGUCCAAUCACAUCCCUGCGGUGUGGCCACCUCAAAGGGGGGCUGCCAUCUAAGCAGACCGGCUCCUCCAAUCAGAUCGUCCGUCCUAUGGCAGCUCGCUGCUUGUCCCAGGUGAGCGUCUAUAAGUAGCGCGGGCCCCUGUGAGACAGGGUUGUGUGGAGAAGAGGGUCGCUUUAGGAACGCACGCUCUCUCAGGAGGAAACACACGCCUUCUACGGGAACCAGAGAGACUGGCGGUGACAACCCGGGUGGACUGAGGAGAGAGGCAGUGUGUGGGGUAUGACUCCCCUCAGGUAAGAGCCUUUAGGGUCCCUCUGCUCUUCCUUCAGACACGCCUGUGGUGUUCAGGUCCAAGACGGGUUUCAUGUUGGGUGAAUAAGCAAGCAAUGGUGUUUUGGGAUUCAUUUGUAACACUAUUUUGUGAAACUAUUGGUUUCCGUCUCCCUCUACUCUCUCUUUCUCUCUUUGAGUAGGUUCCGAAUGUCCAGUGCUGUGUAGCUGGUAGCUAGCAGGGAGUGUUGACUGCCUAGUAAAGUAAAUAAAAACACUUCUGUCUCUCCCCCUCUCUCUCUCUCUCUCCUCCUGAACCCAUCUUCCAGGAUGAGUUAUUCCAACGUGAUGGCGGUCGACCCAUCUCUGAACUCCACGGCCCUAGAUACUUCAGGAAUCCGAUCCCUCUGGUACCAGCUGGACAUAUGUGAGCCCUCCCCGUACGCGUUUGUGUUCUACCACAGCGUCAAGGUGAGGCCCGUCCGUCUGGACACGCUUCAGCCAAUCUCAUGUUUUUAAUGCAUUUUACUCCAGGAGGGUGGAGGGGGUGAGGGGAGGGGGUGGAGGGAUGGAUGCAUGGAUGGAAGAGACAUCACCCCCCCUCCGCCUCCCCAGGUGUGCUUCUGCAUGGAGCGCUACGUUGCCGUGGUCCACCCUGUCCUCUUCACCGGCAUCCGCGACAACAAGAUCCGCACGGCUCUCGCCGUGGUGUCGUGGUGCCUCAUCCUGGCGUACGGCCUCACCAAGAGCAUCCUGGGAGUGAUGAGCGUCAUCGAGAUCUUCAGCGGCCUCAUCCUCUUCAGCUUCGCCCUCAUGAUCUUCUGCAACAUUUCAGUCGUCUGGACACUGAGGCGCUCUGUGGUGGGCAAGGAGGUCAUGCACCCCGUGAAGAAGAAAGCCCUGAAGAUGGUGCUGACCCUCCUGAGCAUCAUCUUCUUCAACUACCUCCCCCCCGUGGCCCUCAUCCCCUUCUACUCCUACUUCACCUUGGCCCACUUCCGCUGCCGGGUCAGCCCCAGCGUGAGCAGCAGCAUCAAGCCCCUGCUCUACGUGUCCAAGAUGGACCGGCCGGCCUGGAUGGGGGAGGGGGUGUGCUGCGGGCUGUUUGCCCCCGUCAAGAAGCCCCAGGAGGUGAAGGCGUGA